UUUGUUGUACCGUGUGAAUACGACAACAAAAAUACAGACAUAUAUUUAUCAAUUUCGUAAAUCUCACAACCUUUAUAACUUCAACCAUCAUUGGAUCAGUAAAAUUUAGGUACCAUGGUAGGUUUUACCAAUUUGUAAAGGGUGUAAUCUAGAAUGAACUUAAGUACUUUGAUACUAAAACUAGAAUUUGAUGGUCAUAUCGACGGUUACAUCGAUCCACUACUACAAAUGAUGAAGAUUUUUUCUAGACUAAUCAAAUAUCAUACAGAUAAAACCCAGGAAAUCAAAAUAGGAAAUGAAUGAUCAUAUCCAUCGUCGCAUGCAUCGGUAUACUUAAUAAAAUAACUUUUACAUAACAUAUAAAAUUUCAUUAUUCUCAAGUCCGUUAAAUUAGGACAUAGUCCAAUAGGAUCGAUGAUAAAGUAUGAUGAUAAGAUGAUCUAUUGCCCUAUAUUUUUGCUUAAUUGUUCUUGAGAAAUCUUAUAAUUGAGUAAUAACCAAUAUCAAUAUCAACUUGUUUCUCUUAUAUGCAUACCAAUAUCAAAUGCAAAUAAACAAAAAAAAAGGGUUAAUUUGGUAAAAUCAAAGCGGUAAAAAGAAACGAGAGAAGGGAAAUAAAAGGGGCAGUGGAAACUGAAAAUGACUGCAACUGCCCCUUUUUUUCCUUUUCCCUCUUUUCCUUCAUCACCGUCUCCUUCUCCCUCAGCUCUUCACUCUCUGCCUGACCUCUCAAAUCUUCUCCGACUUUCCUUCAUCUCCCGCUUCAUCGGUUCAUCACCACCUCUGCUUCUCUUCUCGCCGUGGCUUCUUCGACCGUCUCUACUCUCUCUGUAAGUUCCAAAUCUCCGAAUUCCUUCACUUCCUUCAUGCUCUCUCUCUCUAUAUAUAUAUCUGUCUAUGGCUCGAUACAGUUCUGCGCUUCAUGAAGAACCCUAGAUGAAAGUUUGGAAUCCUUCCGAUUCGGUGCUCCUUUUCUUGUUUCUUGUCCGGGGGUAAACUGCAGUUGGUUUUUUGUUUGAAAUCUGAAUUCAAAGACUCAAAAGUCUAAAGCUAGGUUUUUUCGUCCAUCCCAUUUUCUUGGCCUUCCAGUGGCUGUGCUGCGAAAUAUUUGUAUUGAUGUUGAGAUAUCUUUUUAAUUGAUUUUUCUCUCCUUCGGGUGGAAGUUUAACGGUCCGUGUUCCCCUUGCAGUGACACUCUGUGGGGAAAGUUGGGCAGCCUUGAUCUGGUAUGCACUUUCUUUUCUCACCUUCUGGUUAGGCCGUCCUUGCCGAAUCUUCAGUAGUUUGGAAAGAGUAGUCAUAACCGGAGGUAUUAGGGGUCCAGAUUUCUGGGUCUGGUUCGAAUCUUACGUUUGGUUCGCCUCUUAAUAGUGAGCGGGCAUGGUGAAAAAAGAGGAUGGCCCCAGUAAUUCUCUACCGCCGUGCCAAAUUCCACCUGCUGGUGGGCGCAAAGUGUUCUGGCGGUCAGCAUCCUGGUCCUCUUCCAGGACAGGGCUCCAAAAUCCAGGAGGUGAGCAGACAGACCGUGUCAUGGAUCCUAAUGUUGGUGGUGGUGAAGUUGGACAAACCCGGAGGUAUCCUGCCCCCUUGACUCCACGGUCUCAGCACAACAGUAAAGCACGGGCCUGCUUGCCUCCUUUGCAGCCGUUGUCCAUUGCCCGGAGGAGUUUGGAUGAGUGGCCUAAAGCUGGUUCAGAUGAUCUAGGCGAGUGGCCAAUGCCGUCAACUCCCAGUGGCAACAAGACUGGUGAUAGAUUGAAACUUGAUCUCUCAUCAAUUGAGAAAAGCCAGGAUAGAACUGCUGGAUCAGUGAAGAGGGAUAGGAUUGCUGUAUUUGAUAAAGAAUGCUCGAAAGUAGCAGCACAUGUGUAUCUUGGAGGAGAUGCUGUGGCUAAAAAUAAGGAGAUUUUGAAACAGAAUGGGAUUACCCAUGUGCUGAAUUGCGUUGGGUUUGUUUGUCCCGAGUACUUCAAGGCUGACUUUGCUUAUAGGACACUGUGGUUGCAGGAUAGUCCGUCAGAGGACAUAACAAGCAUUCUAUAUGAUGUCUUCGAUUAUUUUGAGGAUGUCAGGGAACAUGGUGGGAGGGUUUUUGUGCACUGUUGUCAAGGUGUUUCACGGUCCACUUCAUUGGUAAUAGCAUAUCUUAUGUGGAGAGAGGGUCAGAGUUUUGAUGAUGCAUUUCAAUAUGUUAAGGCAGCAAGAGGAAUCGCUGACCCAAAUAUGGGUUUUGCUUGUCAGUUAUUACAGUGCCAAAAGAGGGUUCAUGCUUUUCCUCUGAGUCCAAGUUCAUUGUUAAGGAUGUACAGAAUGGCCCCACAUUCGCCUUAUGAUCCUCUCCAUCUGGUUCCCAAAAUGCUGAAUGAUCCUGUGCCAUCUGCUCUUGAUUCUAGAGGUGCCUUUAUACUUCAUAUACCCUCUUCAAUAUAUCUUUGGAUUGGUAAGAAUUGUGAAGCCAUAAUGGAAAGGGAUGCAAGAGGUGCUGUUUGCCAGAUUGUCCGUUACGAGAGGGCUCAGGGUCCAAUAAUAGUAAUAAAAGAAGGAGAAGAGCCAGCUUACUUUUGGGAUGCAUUUUCAAAUUAUUUACCUCUCAUGGAUAAAUCUCGCAAUGGAGUAGAUGCAGAAUCUUCUAAGAUUUCCCCUGGGGACAGGCGAGUUGAUGCUUAUAAUGCUGACUAUGAGAUUUUCCAGAAGGCUACUAAGGGUGGUUUUGUUCCUCCUGUUUCAUCAUUUGAGAAUGGAACCCUGCUUCCUGCUAGAGAAAGUAACUGGAGUAUGCUCAGGAGAAAGUUUGCCCCUGUUGAUAUGAAAGAGUUUGCCUCUGCCCCCAGGAUAUUUCUCUCUCGUGUAUAUUCAGACUCUAUGAUGAUUGUCCAUUCAUCAUCACCUUCAUCAUCUUCAUCUUCAUCAGCGUCAUCGUCUUCACCUCCUUACUCCUCUCCAGAUUCGACCACCUCUUCUGAUUCUAUCUCUAGCUCUAGCUCAAACUUCUCUGAGUCCUCUCCCGAUUCUCCUGCGGUAGCUUCAUAUUCUCUGCCUGUGGCUUCUACUUUGUCCAACUUUUGUGACUUGACUGUUGCACCAUCAACCCAACUGUCUCUUAACAGUCAUGGGUCUCAUGAUCAUGGCGUAAUUGCUCCAUCUCAAAUGAGUUCUCAGGUGGCGUCUUCACCAUCCAGAAAACCUUCACUUGCAGAGCGUAGAGGUGGCUUGUCAAAAUCCUCGAAGUUGCCAAUGACGUCUGAAAAAGCUGCCAGUGUGCCAGCUGGUUCUCGUUCAAGCAAAGAUGGUACCAGGGUAGAUAACAAUGGAUUCUCUUGGUGUGUUUCAGAUAGUGUAGGGAUUGUUUUAGAGUCUAAAGAUCAAGAUAAAGGAGCGGAGUUUUCAACUCAGGUGGCAUCUUCGCCAUCCAGAAAGUCUUCACCUUCACUUGCAGAGCGUAGAGGUGGCUUGCCAAAAUCUUUGAAGUUGCCAACGACAUCUGAUAAGGCGGCCAGUCUGCCAGCUAGUUGUCAUUCAAGCAAAGAUGGUACUAAGUUAGAUAACAAGGAACCCAGCCUCAUUAAUAAUUGUGAUAAAUCUUGUCACAAGCAAUCUCACAGUGAAGCAAUUGAGAGUUCCAGGGAGGAAAUAGUGUCAGCAGAGUGUGGCUAUGUACAACCUCUUGCAUACAGCUGGCCCUGUUUGGAGAGGAUUUCACCAUUCAGCAGGGAUAGUUUGGAUAGUAAUGCAGCAUUUGGAGUACUUAUCCCAGCUUCAAAAUUGGAUAGGGAUGCAAGGAGGAUUCUGUACUUUUGGAUAGGAAAGUCCUUUACUUGUGGUAAGAGUUUGAUUCAGUUAGAAGGUAGCCAAGAAUACGUGGAUGCACGGGAAAUUGACUGGGAUCUGGUUGGUAGUAAUUUUUUAACUCGUGUUGGACUUCAAAUGGACGCUCCCAUCAAGGUGCAAGUGGUGAAGGAAGGAGAGGAACCAGCUGAUUUUCUUGCUAUGCUGGAUAGUGACUUGUAGCACAUCGUGAAGGCGAUGAGCAAUCAAUUAGCAUAACUAGCAAUUCAAUUUUCUUCUGCGGAAUGCAAUUUUUUUGAGGGACAAGGUAUCUGGAAAUAGUUUGAACUCCAGCAGCUAAAACCAUGAGGUAACAAGGCAUUAUUUCCCCUAUAGUUCUUGUGUCAAAUCUCCCUUGACGCAACUAUCUCUGGUUCUAUACUCGCUAGUAUUCAUUUAUUUUCAGCAGCUUUUGCUGGCAGUCUCUUAAAACAUUAUAAAUCUACUUGUAUAGACUUUUUCUCAACUUUACUGCCGAUAGAGAGAACCAUAGAAGACUAUGACUAGGUUUCUUGCCAGUAGCCUUUGGUGGAUAUUGUUAGGUGCCUAGUGAAUGCCGGACUUCGGUUCUGAAUUUGAUAUCUCUGUGGUCUGCUGUUUCUGUAGGUGUGCUAAGCAGCAGCAGCGACAAGUUGAUAUCCUGUCUUUGUUCUAACCGCCUAAUGCCGCCCUGGUUGGAUGUGUACAGUGGUAUAGCUGCGGGAGCUUGUCCUCUUGGUUAACUGCUGCUGAAAUUUGCCCUCUCCUUAAACGACAGCAGACAUGUUUCCUUGCCCAUGUAUAUUCCCUUGUUACAGAACUGUUAUAUUAGACGCUUUUCUGAUUAGAAACAAAACCCAAGGAUAGUACCCAAAACCCAGAUUCGAUUUCUGUAAAAGACUUUUUUUUUUGUCCCUGUUGCUGCUGCUGAUCAAAUAAACUUUUAACAUCUUUUUUCUAUUCACUGUUUCUGAACUUGUACAUUGUCAAUUUGCAUCCUUCAGCUCUGUAUGGGUUCUGAGUUGACCCGAAAUUUCUUGACUUGAUAACCGAGUCAUCGAGCUGAAGCCCAACCUGUGCUUUUCGUGGCUGGCUUCUGUUUCUUUCUUGGAUAGAAAUUCGGAUGAGAUCCAAACCGAACAGCUGAAUAACUAUCUAUCCGGAAA